AUGUCGAGCGAACGGGAUUUACACAAACGGGGGCACCAGGGCUUCAAGAAGCGAGUCGAGAGUGACGUGAUGAGCAGUGUGGGCAAGAAAGUCCUAGAGAAGAAAUUCUUCGUUGCCGUUUACUCCCGGAACAUUCCUGAGAUAACAAAGUGUUUGAGUAAAGGAGUAAACCCGAACAUUCGCUCCACGGAGUACGGUGUCACCCCUUUGCAUUUACUCGCCGAACGGAACGACUACAUCCUGGGGUACCGCCUUUUGGAGUAUAAAAAAUUUGACGUGGAUGUGCGGAACGCCCACGGUUACACUGCCCUGCAUGUUACCUGCUUAUGCGACUGCAAAAAAUUUGCCCUUCUUUUGCUGGAACACGGAGCCGACCCCAAUAUUUACGGCCGGUUUAAUAAAACAGCCCUGCAUUUAUCCGUACAGAAUGAGAAUUACGGUAUUACGAUAAAGUUGCUAAAAUUCGGGGCUGAGGUCAAUGUUGUUGACUGCUUUGGCAAUACGCCCCUCUCUUUGAGCAUCCUAGACACCAAUAAUUACCUAAUUGCCAAAACCUUGUUCCAAAGUGGGGCCAAUAUGAGCGUCGAGCACCAAAGACCACUCCAUAUUUUUUUUGAAAUGGUGUUGUAUUGCCGCUGCAUUCGUCAGAUUGAUUUGGUGCUGCUCUUGUUGGAGAACGGGGUUAAUAUUAAUAUGAGGGAGCCCGACUCAGGGCGCAAUUGUCUCCACUUUGUUGCGGUGACCGGUUUUCUGGAACUGGCGGUGGUUUUGGUCGAAAAGGGGGCUAAAAUCCACGUUGUGGAUAGCUGUAAGCGCAGCCCCAUUAAAGUGGCUGUGGACCACGGUAACGAAGUGAUCGCCGAUUACUUCCGCAAGGGCUACAGACCCCCGCCUUUGCUCACCGCCCUCCCGAAGAUCUUCCAGUGGUCUAGCAAGGUCCGGGCGCGAAUCAGCGAGCGGAAGCUGGCGGAGAUGGAGAAAGAGGCCGAAUUGAAACAAAAAUAAACAGAUCAUUAUGCACAAUUUAUUAAUAUUACGGAAUACAACAUUCAAUAAAUAUAUUGUAAAUAUUA